AUGGCCGACGGAUCCAUCGCCCAGAAGGUCUGGCUGGCCUCGAACGACAGUGCCAUCAUUGAAGUCGAUCGUACCGUUGCCGAGCGAUCAAUGUUGAUCAAGAACAUGUUGGAGGACGUCGGUGACGAGCUCAUGAACGUCAACAACCCCAUUCCCAUCCCUAACGUUAACGAGGCCGUUCUCCGAAAGGUCAUCGAGUGGUGUGAGCACCACCGAAACGAUCCCCCCCAGGCCCAGGACGACGAGUCCGACGCCCGCAAGAAGACCACCGACAUUGAGGAGUGGGACCAGAAGUUCAUGCAGGUGGACCAGGAAAUGCUCUUCGAGAUCAUUCUUGCCUCCAACUAUCUUGACAUCAAGCCCCUUCUCGACGUGGGCUGCAAGACCGUUGCCAACAUGAUCAAGGGCAAGUCCCCCGAGGAGAUCCGAAAGACGUUCAACAUUACCAACGACUUCACCCCCGAGGAGGAGGAGCAGAUCCGCCGUGAGAAUGAGUGGGCCGAGGACCGUUAA